CAGCCACCAUUCCGACCUCACUCACCCCCAUGCUGGCAUCGCGGUGGACACGCUGGACUGUAUAGCAGUUGCGAGGAAGGCUGCGAGCCACGAUACGAUACAAUACCAUACCAUACAAUACCGCACGGGCAGGUGCGAAUGCUCUAGUAGUACAGUAAGGACAGCAGCACCGCAACACCAGGACCAGGGCCGAAAUCACCAAGCAACACGCCCCCAUUGCACAGGCGACGCGCUUGCACCGAGCCGCAUGAGAACUUCUGUUGCUGUCGCAUGUAAUACCGGCACGACAAACCUCGCCCCUCACGCUGUGAAGCGUGGUGCAGCUGGCCCACCAUGGCCGUCGACUUCGAUACACAUGCACAGCAGACGCCUUCCGCCCAGCGCGCCGAGCGGGAUGGGACCCAGACCUCACAGCCGCUGAACCGCAUGCGAUGGGCCACGGUGCGGAAAUCUGGACGGAAGGGGACGAUGAAGCGGAGGAGCAUUUUCUCGAGAAACGCCGCGCGACUGAGUGGCAGCCAUCGGAAUCGAGAGUCCGCCAUGACAGACGACAUUGACAUCAAGGCGGAAGCAAUCGCCAGCGAUCAUCCGCCCGAGGGUCAGACCUCGCGCACCAUCUUCGUCAAUCAGCCUCUCCCUGACAGCGCGCGAGAUGAGGAAGGCCGGCCGCUGCAACAGUUCAAGCGCAACAAAAUCCGAACCGCCAAGUACACACCCCUAUCUUUCAUUCCGAAGAACUUGUGGUUUCAACUGCACAACAUCGCCAACGUAUACUUCAUUUUUAUCGUCAUCCUGGGCAUCUUCUCCAUCUUUGGCGUUACGAACCCAGGACUGGCCGCCGUGCCGAUUAUCGUCAUUCUUACCAUUACUGCCAUCAAGGACGCCAUAGAAGAUUGGCGGAGAACUGUUCUCGACAACGAGCUGAACAACGCUCCAGUGCAUCGACUGGUAGACUGGGACAAUGUAAACGUAUCGGAAGAGAAGAUUGGCGCGUGGCGACUGUUCAAGAAGGCCAAUACAAGAGCGAUAUUGUUCCUCUGGAGAUGGUGGAAAGAGAAGAAAGAGAAGAAGGGAAAAGGAGCAGCCGCUCAAGAUGCGAAGCUCGACAGUGCGCUCGAUUCGGACGAGCGCCGGAUGAGUGCAUUGACACAGCGUUUGGACAGCAUAGAUGGAUAUACAGGCGUGAAUGCUGAUGGGGAUGUCGAGAUGACCCCUGUGCCAUCCCCGACUCCAGGACAACGGCCACCGAACUACGUGAAUGAACACGGGGUCAAUGACGAGCCGGGCAGUGGCCAUGGCAACAUGAAAGAUACUCUACUUGUUCCUCAAGUGGGAGAGAAUGGCAAGCUGGAGCAGUUGCCGGUACCCAAAAAGUUCCAUGGCAGCUUAAUCAACCCGAAUCGGCCGCGACCCGAAACAGCACGAUUUAAGAAGGACUACUGGAAGAACGUGCGAGUUGGCGACUUUGUCCGCCUAUAUAAUGACGAAGAGAUUCCUUCAGACAUCAUCGUCCUGGCAACGAGUGACGCGGACGGAGCGUGUUAUAUCGAGACCAAAAACUUGGAUGGCGAAACCAACCUCAAGGUCCGGACGGCUUUGUACUCUGGGCGUGACAUCAAGCGAGCGCGGGACUGUGAGCAAGCAGACUUCAUUAUCGAGAGUGAGCCUCCACAUGCCAACUUGUACGCAUAUUCUGGCGUGGUGAGGUGGAACCAGUACGAUAGACGGAAUCCCGAGGCAGAGCCCAAAGAGAUGGCAGAGCCAGUGGGCAUUAAUAAUCUGCUUCUGCGAGGCUGCACCGUCCGCAACACGGAAUGGGUUCUUGGUGUCGUCGCCUUCACAGGUGAAGACACCAAGAUCAUGCUCAACUCUGGUAUCACGCCUUCGAAGCGUCCCAAGAUCAUGCGAGACCUCAACUGGAACGUCCUGUACAACUUUGUCAUUCUGUUUGUCAUGUGUCUGAUCGCUGCCAUUGUCAACGGUGUCGCGUGGGGCAAAAGUAACAGUUCUCAGAACUACUUUGAUUUUGGAAGUUAUGGUAGCACCGCAGGUCUGACGGGAUUCAUCAAUUUCUGGGCCGCCGUGAUCCUGUUCCAAAACCUGGUACCCAUUUCGCUGUACAUUUCCUUGGAAAUCGUGCGAUCUGUGCAGGCAUUCUUCAUCUACUCCGACACGUUCAUGUACUAUGAAAAGCUGGACUACCCUUGCACGCCCAAGUCUUGGAACAUCUCUGAUGACCUGGGGCAGAUCGAAUACAUCUUUUCCGAUAAAACUGGCACGCUCACGCAAAACGUCAUGGAGUUCAAGAAGUGCACCGUCAACGGUGUGCCUUAUGGAGAAGCAUACACCGAGGCGCUGGCAGGGAUGCAAAAACGGCAGGGUAUCAACGUCGAAGAAGUGGCAAAGCAUGAAAGAGUGCGCAUAGCGGAGGACCGCGUCAAAAUGCUUCGUCACAUCCGCAAUCUGCACGACAACCCCUAUCUCCGAGACGACGAUCUUACAUUUGUCGCGCCCGAUUACAUCCAAGAUCUGGGAGGUGAAAGUGGUCCAGCGCAGAAGGCCGCCACAGAACAGUUCAUGCUGGCUCUCGCUCUCUGUCACAGCGUCAUAACGGAACGCACGCCUGGUGACCCACCACGAAUAGAAUUCAAGGCGCAAAGCCCUGACGAAGCCGCUCUGGUGGCCACGGCACGAGAUUGCGGAUAUACCGUGAUAGGACGCUCGAACGAUGGUAUCAUCGUCAACGUGCUGGGCGAGGAACGCGAGUACAGCGUGCUCAACGCCCUGGAAUUCAACUCCACCAGGAAGCGAAUGUCCGCCAUCAUUCGCAUGCCGUCUGGCAAGAUCAUCCUCUUCUGCAAGGGUGCUGAUAGCAUCAUCUACUCCCGUCUAGCAAAAGGCCAGCAAGCGGAACUUCGCAAAUCCACUGCCGAGCAUCUUGAGAUGUUUGCGCGAGAAGGUCUCCGAACACUGUGCAUAGCGCAAAGAGAGCUCGACGAAGACGAGUAUCGAGAAUGGAAUCGUGAUCAUGAGCUUGCGGCCGCUGCUGUCCAGGACCGGGAGGCCAAACUUGAAGAAGUUGCUGAUCGCAUCGAACGUGAUUUGACGCUCCUCGGCGGCACUGCGAUUGAAGACCGUCUUCAGGAUGGCGUUCCCGAUGCCAUUGCGCUUCUCGCGCAAGCCGGAAUUAAGCUCUGGGUCUUGACUGGUGACAAGGUGGAGACUGCGAUCAACAUUGGCUUCUCCUGUAAUCUACUCGACAACGAAAUGGACCUCAUUGUUCUCAAGGUCGACGAAGACGACUUUGCGCAGGCGGAGGAAGAUCUUGAUAAGCACCUGGGAACGUUCGGGAAGACGGGAAGCGACGAGGAGCUCAAAGCCGCGAAGAAGAAUCACGAGCCACCUGCUCCCACGCACGCGUUGGUCAUCGAUGGCGAUACGCUCAAAAUUGUCCUGGACGACAGGCUGCGGCAAAAGUUCCUACUGCUUUGCAAAGAAUGCAGAUCUGUGCUAUGUUGUCGUGUCUCGCCUUCGCAGAAGGCUGCUGUGGUUGCUCUGGUCAAGCACACCCUGGAGGUGAUGACGCUCUCCAUUGGUGACGGAGCCAAUGAUGUUGCCAUGAUCCAGGAGGCAGAUGUGGGUGUUGGUAUCGCAGGAGAAGAAGGACGCCAGGCUGUGAUGAGUUCCGACUACGCCAUCGGCCAGUUCCGCUACUUGACAAGACUGCUCCUCGUCCACGGUCGCUGGGAUUACCGACGCAUGGCUGAGUGUGUUGCCAAUUUCUUCUACAAGAAUAUUAUCUGGGUAUUUGCUCUCUUCUGGUACCAGGUCUACGCCAACUUCGACUGCUCAUAUACCUUUGAUUAUUCCUACAUCCUUCUGUUCAACCUUGCCUUUACCUCUCUGCCAAUCAUCUUCCAGGGUAUCCUCGACCAAGAUGUGGACGACAAGGUAUCGCUGGCUGUACCACAGCUGUAUCGCCGUGGUAUCGAACAAAAGGAAUGGACGCAGACCAAGUUUUGGAUCUACAUGGUCGACGGGUUUUAUCAGUCCGUUAUCUGCUUCUACUUCACCUACCUGGAAUUUGCGCCCGCGACCUUUACGACGGAAUCCGGGCGCAACGUCAACGACUACAAGAGACUGGGAGUCUACAUCGUCAACCCUAUUGUGCUCAUUGUCAACGUGUACAUUCUGAUCAACACAUACCGCUGGGACUGGUUCAUGUGCCUGAUCACCGCCAUCUCGAUCCUGUUAAUCUGGUUCUGGACAGGAGUCUAUACCGCAUUCACGGCCGGUUUUACCUUUUACAAGGCUGCACCACAAGUCUACGGCGCGUUGUCCUUCUGGGCCGUCGGAUUGUUAACCGUAAUCAUGGCAUUGUUACCUCGCUUCGCCGCCAAAGCUUUUCAGAAAAUGUAUUUCCCAUACGAUAUUGACAUCAUCCGCGAACAAGUUCGACAAGGAAAAUUCGAUUACCUGAAGGAUGUCAACCCGGAGAGUGUGUCCUCUGCGAAAGUUCCUGCUCACGGCAACCUGAAUGGAAGCACGUCAAGCAGCGAGAUCAGCAAUGCCAAGAAGCAAGAGCGACUAGGCCACCGUCGCAAUGGCUCGCCAAACAAUGGGCGUCCGACUAUGGAUGAGGACAUGCGACCAAUAUAUCCACCUUCUGAAGCCGGUACCAAAAACCCGCGCAGUCAUAACGGGAGCGACGGGACAGAUUAUACUGGUCAUUCCGGCCGCCCCAGUGUUGAUCCUUUUGGAUCGCAUUAUCCUCCUGCCUACCCGGGAUCUGGCAACGGAGCAAUGGGGCCCAAUGCUUCGUACAAUACAAGCUAUGCGCCUGGUCCUGUCACUGCUGGCACGGCGCCUAGUGGGCUGAGUAUGAUUGAGACUGCUGCAAGUUCGAACUAUGACACCCCUGUGUCUGGAGGUGUCACUCCCACGCCAACCUUCUCGAGAACUGAUUAUGACUUUGGUUCCGACAGGCGUAGCACGGACAGGCCACGACCUUCGUUCGACAGGCUGAGGUCGAGCAUGGACAGGACGCGGCCCUCGUUUGAAGCGAGCAACGACUUCACGAGCGCCGCAUACUUGACAAGAGUGGAGUCAAGUCAAAGCACCGGUGCCAGGAGUAAUCAUCGAAGAGGGGAAAGUAAGAUGAAGCAGGACAUCAGCGAUGAUCUGCGGUGACGAGAGUGUCAGGCGGUGGCGGGCACGUGAGGAAUAAAAAAUACACGAAUCAGAUGGGAUGUAAGCCGGGGAGGACCUCCGCUACUGACACACACACCAGUCUCCCUUUUCGCGCGAAUUUGAGCCAUGCAUCUCUCAUCUACGGACCAUGUACAUAUACACAAGCGGCAAAAGGUCAUUGCAGGCGCUCUCUCCGUUUGGACGAUGAAAAUAAAGGAAUUGAUACCACAAAAAGCUGUCGAGCACAAGCAUUGGCGCACACUAGGAGUCGAACGGGACGACAUUUUUUUCAUCGUAUUGUUUUCAGUUUAGAGACUUUGAAUAGAGCAUGAAAUCGUAUCAAUCUGGCAGAUCAAACAUCUUUGACAUGAUUGUCUCUUUUGGUCAUUUGCAUAUAACCCAUUCUCUAUGUGGACGACACAAGGCGCCUUCUACUCGUCAUCACCCUCUGGAAUCGUGCUCUGUGCCUCAACAUCGUCUUCCUCGAACGUAGUGGGCGGCACGUUAUACAGCCGAAUGGUUGGCUUGUUGGGGUCCUUGACCAGGACAUACUUGCCAUCGUCUUCCUUCAUGACCAUGUCCACAAAUGUGCGAACAAUUGCCCAGCCGUUGUUGAGGUUCAAAUUCAUCUGGGACGCGAAUUCACGUGGCUUGUAGCCGAGGACACCAAGGACAACAUGUUCGGUUGUCGACUUGGGGUUGGCACGUGAAACGAAUCCAAGUUUCAUGAGAUCGGCCUUGGCGAGAAUGGCCUGCGUCGUCCAUCGAGCAAGCUUGCACGAGUUGUUCUUCAUUUCCGUUGCAACGACCGCACCACGCUGCGAGGCGAGCUUGCUUCUCCAGUCUAGAGCGCCUCCACUGCCUUGGGCCUUGUUAUCGAACUCGUUGAGAGCUUUGAUGGUGAGAAACUGAUCUUCGCCUGAAAUGUUGUUCUUGACCACUGCAUCAAGCUCGGUUCGGACAAUCAAAUGGAGUGGCUCAGCAUCUGCUUCGAGUGAAAGAUCGAAGCGACGGUAUUUGUAGGCCUUGCUGGCGGGCGGGUCAGUCUCCGAAGCGGGGUCGUAGAAUGGAUGCUCGUGGCUCAUGUCGCGCUUCGAGGUCUCUGAUUCUUGCACGACCUGCAGGGGGAAGAUGUUAUUGAUGUGCGUGGCUUCGUCUUUGAGUGCACCAGGAGCAUUGAUAUGGUCUUUAUUACCCUCACUCAGCUCCAGGGGCGCAUCAGCUGCAUUCUCGUUGACUGUGACCAUAUCUAGACUGCUGCCCUCGCGCUUGUCGAUGUAGAUCUUGUUGCCUUGCUUCAGCAUGAUGAUAUCCCAGCUGUAGACGCUGCGAGGAGCGCACAUGAGCAUAGACAGAAUGUUGUCUGCUGCGAAAAUUUGCGCCUCGUCCUUGUCGGCCAGCUCCUGGAUGACAGGAUCGCUCGAAGUGGUGACAUUGUAGGCAGCGCGGUCCAGGACGGUGAGUUUCCUCAUGCUCGUUGGCGCACCAGGCUGCUUGUCGUAAGCUCUGUCAUAGUAGUACAGGAAACCGUAGUCGUCCAAGUCUUCGCCAUCUCCAGUGUCAAGAUUCAGCUUUUGCAAACGAUUGAAAUCAAUCUCGUCCAGCAUGCGCCAGCUAUCUUUGGGCUGCACCGACGCCUCUCGGUUCCGCUGCGGCUUGUCCCAGUCUUUCCAGCCGCCACGACGUCCACCGCGACCACCUCUGCCACCUCUCGAGUCAUACUGCUGUUGUCCGCCUCGCCCACCGACACGCUGGAAGGUGCCGCGUCCGCCACGCUGGCCAGGAGCGCCACCUCGAGCACCACGCCCGCGUCCAAACACAGCCGAGCCCCUGCCAAAGCCCCUGCCGCGUGUAGUUGGCUGGCUGCGGUCGACCAGAGAGAAGGAGCUCUCCUCGUUGGUGCCCUCGAUCUGAAACGCCGUCUGCAGGCCGGUCGCGCCAUAGACCUGAUCGCGGUAUCGAUUGUUAUACUGCGCGCGACCGCCGCGUCCCUCUCUUUCCUUGCCCUCGGCAGUCCAAUCGGCCAUGCGACCCAGCUUGUCGCCUUUGCUGAACGGCGCAUACGGAAUGCCGUUGAGCGUGGUCUCGGUGGUCGUCGGCGGGCCCCAGCUGUCCGAUGCAGGGAGCGCCUCAAUGGCCUCGAGCAGUCCAGGCGGAAGUCCAGGCAUGAUGGCGAUGGCGAUGGCGAUGUGGAUGUGGAUGUGUGAGAUUCUGGGUAUCCAGGAC